AUGGCAGUUCACAUUGAGCCAGCACGAUUCCCAGCCGACGUCGCUGCCAUCCAUUCACUAUUUUCUGGGUACGCGGCAUCCCUAGGGAUCGACCUUACCUUCCAAUCUUUUGAAGACGAGCUGAACUCGUUACCCGGAAAAUAUGUCACCGCGCAAGGAGGUGCGCUGUUGAUUGCACGAGCACAAAUUUCCAACACGUCCACAGGAUCAUCGCAGCAGACUUCAGCUGAUCCCUUGAUAACUCCUCAAACUGAACCUGUUGUCGGCUGCGUCGGGUUGCGACGCAAUAACGAGCACUGGUGUGAAAUGAAACGCCUAUAUGUGCAGCCAGAAACUCGCGGGCUGAGGCUUGGUGAUAGACUCGUCGAGGCUAUUCUCGCCGAAGCAAAGGCCCUGGGAUACCGGGGUAUUCGACUAGAUACGCUACCGGAUAUGCUGGCUGCACAACGACUGUAUCGACGACAUGGUUUUGUCGAGAUUGAGCCAUACUACGAUACCCCUUUGAAAGGGACGAUAUUUAUGGGCUGUGAUUUGACAAGGUGA